GAGAGGAAAGAGGAAGGAGAGGAAGCACCAGAGACUUCCAAGUUCCAACUUCUCAUCCGAAAGACAGAAUAUUGACUUCCACGCAGAAUUCUCAGUCGAAAUGGACUCCAAGUCUCUCCCGUUCAUCACACGCCAAUCGUUAUUCUUCGCUGUCCGAUCUGGCGACCUCAACUCCGUGAAAUCCCUAUUUCAAUGUGAAGGUACUACUGAUCCAGCUUCCGUCUCCGCUCUCAUGGCGCUUCAGAACGACGCUGGUGAAACAGUUCUGUACAUAGCCUCCGAAAACAACUUUCUAGAUGUCUUCAGUUUCUUGCUCAAGUUCUGUGAUCUCCAGACUGUUAAGAUCAGGUCCAAAUCCGACAUGGAUGCUUUUCAUGUCGCUGCGAAUAGAGGCCACUUAGAAAUUGUGAAGGAGCUUUUAGCCAAGUGGCCAGAUCUAAGUCGAUCAUGCGACUCCUCAAAAACGAGCCCACUUUAUUCAGCUGCCGAGCAUGACCAUUUGGUUGUUGUAAAUGCUAUAUUAGAUACAGAUCCUACUGCUGCACAGAUAGUGAGAAAAAACGGAAAAACUGCCCUUCAUAAUGCUGCAAGGUAUGGACGUAUCCGAAUUGUAAAAGCCCUAAUUAGUAGAGAUCCAAGUAUUGUAGCCAUUAAAGAUAAGAAGGGACAAACAGCACUCCAUAUGGCUGUUAAAGGGCAAGACAUUAGUGUAGUUGAGGAAAUCUUGUUGGCAAAUUCUUCUAUACUCAAUGAACGUGACAAGAAGGGUUGUACAGCUUUACAUAUGGCUACAAGGAAGAGCCGCUCUCAGAUCGUGAGCCUUCUGCUGUGUUACACGUCAAUAGAAGUAAACGCUGUUAACAAAGAGAAAAAGACAGCCAUGGAUUUAUUGGAUAAACUCCAAUAUGGCGAACACAAAUCAAUAAUCACAGAAGUCCUAACCGAGGCAGGAGGAAAGAAUGCUAGACACCUAGGUGAAACCAACGAUGCAAUCGAACUAAAAAGAACCGUGAGCGACAUCAAACACGAAGUCCAUUCCCAAUUCAUUCAAAACGAGAAAACAAACAAACGAGUCUCCGGAAUCGCCAAAGAAUUAAAAAAGAUCCAUCGCGAAGCGGUUCAAAACACCAUAAAUUCCGUAACAGUCGUCGCGGUCCUAUUCUCCUCGAUUGCAUUCCUAGCCAUAUUCAACCUCCCCGGUCAAUACCAAACGACGGGAGAAGCCAAUAUAUCACAUACCCUCGCAUUCAGGGUAUUCUGUCUUCUGAACGCGACCUCACUUUUUAUAUCGCUAGCUGUUGUUGUCGUGCAAAUUACGUUAGUGGCCUGGGAUACGACUGCCCAAAGGCAGAUUGUUUCUGUUAUUAAUAAGUUGAUGUGGGCUGCUUGUAUGAGCACUUGCGGGGCGUUUUUAUCGAUUGCGUUUGUUGUGGUUGGGAAACAGAGUUCUUGGAUGGGGAUAACUGUCACGGUUAUGGGAGUGCCCAUUCUUGUGGCGACUAUUGCUAGUUUGUGUUAUUUUGUCUUUAGACAGCAUUUUGGGGGGUUUAGGAGUGAUUCUCAUAGAAGGAUUAGAAGGGCAAGUGGAAGUAAGUCUUUCUCUUGGUCACAUUCGGUUAAUAUUUCGGAUUUGGAAGAAAAUAGUUCGGAUCGGGAAAAGACUAUAUAUGCCCUUUGAAGGACCUAUGGGGCUGGGUGUAUUUGUGUAAUUACUCAUCAACGUUUUGGUGAUAUUGGUGUUGUGACUUGUGUUUUAUUCCUCGAUGUAUUAUCACUGUAUAGGUUUUGUAUUUAUUCUAAUUCAGAAAAUAAAUUUAAUUGAUAUUAUAUAAUAGAGUCAAUU